UGUCGGAAUGACGAACCGCCGCGCGAGUCGUCUUGUUUUGGGAAUACACACUUUUAUCCACAAGUUCACCGACGCCGAGUUUCCCCGUCAGCUCAGGCCGACCAGCGGGAGUCCGUCCGGGAGAACUUGUGGUCGUAUCGCUGGUGUGAAAUGUACCGUUAGCGGCGUCCCGGUCGGAGCGGUUGUCUGGAACGGAGUCCUUCGGUAAUCGGCGUUGACAGCGUAGCGCAGCAACCGUUACGGGCGACCUCGGUAACGUUAUUUCAUGGAAGCGCAAAGGAGGAUAUCUGCGCGCGGUGUGUGUGAUUUUCAGCCAUUGGCUCGUCGCGGGAAGACAACUGACGCCGCCGACUUCCCCGGACGAUUACACCGGGGCCAUAGUACGGAUUUCACAAUAACACCCCUGGUUUUCGUGCUAUCGGCGAAGUCGUACAACUUCGGGCAGACUUAAAGCAGACACCGGCUGGCUGUUCAGACAUCGAGAAGAGAAGACUGUCCACAAUGGCAACUUAAGACAUGACUUCCACUUCGUGGUCCACCUUGGGACAGGUUGCCCCUGGCCAUCGACAGACGGAACAAGUGGACUGGACGGUGGAGCCUUGUGAAUACCUGUAGAUGUGAUUAAACGGCAUAACAAUCGAGUACUGUGUGAUUCCAUGCCCUUCUAUGCCAUCGCUGGCAUCUAAUGGAAGAAAAAGUGCCUGCCAGGUCUACCAUGGUAUCCAGACUGCCUAAAUUCGGAGCUCGCUCCUCAACCGGAGGCUUAAGCCCUAUGUCAAAUGGUUCCCCUCAACCGACCACCCCUACCCCAGAAGGCAAGACAACCCCUCCUGGAACGCGCCCCAAUGGAGUAGUCCGCACCCCUUCUUUUUCCCUGAAAUGGAGGAGAGAGGUUGGAGGAACUCCCACCAACCCCAGCAGCCCUGAGGAUAGGGCCUGUGAGGACAAGGCUCAGAGUCAGCUCCCCUCAUUGGGGAAGGAGGUGAAAAGUGGCCCUCCAGGGACCCCAAAGAUGCGGAGGCCUUGUCCUUCACUGCUAUCCAUUUCUAGCCCCAAGGCCAUCCCCAAGCAGGCGUCUAAGGCCGGUCCCAAAGCAGGGGCCAAGCUGGCUCAGAGCCCGCUGAAUGGAAUCCCUAAAGUGAGCCAGAAUGCCUCCAGCGCUCCCACUCGACCCGGGUCGAUGUCUGGCUCAGACUCCAGGCUGGCACGCCCGAGGAUCGGCUCGGGCACUCCCCGCAGCAGCUCUCAGGACAGCCUUUCUCAGUCCAGUGACAGCCUGAAGAGCCUGGCGCUAGACAAUAUGGUGCGCUCGCACAGCUUCACACAUUUCAAGCAGAUUCCCUCGCCCACCAGCCUGCCCAUGACACGAUCCUUUUCCUUCAACCGAGCUGUGGAGCUGGCCAAGCCACUGGCCAACACUCAGCUCCGGCCACCCCGUAGCAGCUUCCUCAAACCACCCCAGCUGAGCAACGGCAGAGUAGGCCUGGGACUGGGAGGCCUGAGUGGAAGCCUUGGAGGUGGAGGGGGUCUGGGGGGAAGUCUUGGUGGGCUCCAGUUCAGCAGAACACCUCAUGGUGUUGGGUCCCUUUCGUCCCCCUCCCCCUCCCCCUCUCCCUCCACCACACCCACCACUCCCAACACCAUGAAGAAGGCCCUGCUCCCGAGCUGUGUGCUGGCCAAGCCAGCAGGCAGCAGUGGGGGGUCUCUGGGUUACCGGCUGGCCAAACAGCAGAAGCCUCUGUUCACAGGCCGGGUGAAGGGGGAUGUCCGGCCUGCAGCUUCCACUGUGAGUGUGGAUGGACCAGGGACAGAAAUACAAGUUGAGUGUACUAGUGAGGCCAAGAAAGCAGACUUGCACAGUGACAGUGAUCAAAGCUCUGGAGGUGGUGGACAAGACAGAUGUGCAGGAGGGAGCGUUCUCAGGGAGAGAUCUGCCCAGAUGAUAGGAGAGACCCUAGAGGACAUGUCCCUGUCUUCUGCUUCUUCUCUAGAGCGGGGGGACACCAGUGAGGAGUUUGUUGAUGAAUCUGACAGCGUGGGGGAUGGACUCAGCGAUGGCGACCUGCCUGAUAACACAAAGAGUGGUGAUGCCACCCAGAGCCGACUACGCUGCUUUCUUAAUGAGACUAUGGACUGGGCCAGCAUGGCCCUGGCAGGGCAUAGCAAAGAGGUGACUGUGCAGGGCUCUCAGAGCCAACUGGUCCUGUCCCCAGAAGGUCCUGACCUCCUCCCGGGCUCCUCUCUGGAGCUGUCUCCCUCCAACAGCUCGGGGGGUACCUAUAUGUGGGAUGAAGAAGGACUUGAGCCGCUGGGGGGCCCUGGGGCACAUCCCUAUGACAGCUAUGAUGACUCCGAACUCAACAGCACGGAUAUCCUGAACAACCUGGACCCUCUGGGAACUGGGGAGCUGGAUGAGGAUGACCUCAUGCUGGAAAUGGAUCUGCCCGAGGAUGGCUCACUGCACCAUGACUGUGACGGGAUGGCCCACGCCGAACGCUCCGAGAAGGCUGGCCGGCAAGCCAACUGGCGGCGAAAGCAGCACCGCUUAAAUGGGGGCCACUUCCACAAUGACAACAGGGCUCCAGUCUUCCAGCACUAUGAUGGUCUCGGGGGCUCCUUAAGGAUCUCUCCCCACACCCUCACCUCUUUCGGGAGGCAGGAUGGUCUCGUGGGGGACCUGGAUGAGCUCACACUCAAACACCUGGCUCAGGACUGUAGCUCUCUGAAGAACCAGCUGCAUAGGCUCAAGACGUUGCUGCAGCUUGAAGAUGCAGACUCUCCGGCAGACAUUCCUGAAAAGAGUGAGGACAAUACAACUGCAUUACAAUUGGAGGAACUGAUGAAGGAGGUGCAAACGCUCCGAGAGGAGUUGAGGAGUCGAGACAAGACCAUCGCUCAGCUCACACUUCAGUGUCAACAGUUACAACAGCAGCAACAUCGACAGGAGCAAACACAUAUCCAAGGACAGCAGGGUAGGUGUCAGUGUUACCACCAGAGGGCUCCCUCUGCAAUGCAGCACGGGGGCAAACAGACAGCCCGGUGGAUGCAGCAUCAUUAUGACAAGGCAACUCAAACACAUUGGAGAGCACAAAGCCAGGCUCCUCGAAUACUACAGCCUUUCAACCCCUGCCUCAACGAGCAUUUCCAACAGGAAAGACUAGUAAAAACUCCCCUAACCGAGGGCCACAGUGACCCCAAAAGGAGAGGUAGUAGAGACAGGGGACCCCAUAUAAACACUGCCACCCCUUCUGGAGCCCUUGCUACAGACGUAUCAGGUGCAGCAGGUACCCUGGCCCCAGACUCAGAAAAGCUGAGCCUUCUCCUCGGUGCACACCUCCACGUCCUUGACCACUUGGGCUCCAGCAUUCCACAGGAGGCCAUUGCCAGAGACAGAUGGACGUCAGCAGUUCAGUCAGGGGUAGACCUGGGACAGACAACUGAUGAGACACUGCCGAAUUCUGGUGCUCCCAGUUCUGAUGUUUUGAUGCACCCUCGUGUGCUGCAGCCUCCACGUCUCCACAAGCGUGUGUCCGUCCCAGCGCUGCUGCCAGGGCGCGCCAGUGGCUCCACCCCUCUCAAGGCAGGAUGCUUCUCAGGGUGUUUGGGUAAUCCCCGGGCCAAGCAGUUGCCCCCUCCAUCCAGAGGCCUACCCUGCUUUAACUCAGGACCCCAAGCUCAGCUUCCAGGUCUGGGACGUGUGUCACUGCCUCAAGCCCGCACGGCAAUGGAGCCCUUGAGAGAUCCACAGAGCAGUGACACCAAAACAAACAACUCCAGCCAGGACGAGCCCACUCCUGGGGAAUUCAGAGACCCUGGUGCAACUAGGGUCCUUAUCCCUGCUAGCCAAUCACGCCUCCCCAAGCCAAAGAUCCACUGAGACGCUUACCCAAAUCACAGAUCAAAUCUUCAGACUGAAAUCUCCUGUUUUGGACAUCCGCUUUUGACUGAUACAUCAUCAACAUCCAUCCUUUUUGUGCUUUUGCUCACUGCAUGUCCAUAACAACAUACAUUGUGUGAGAUCAUGAAAUCUGAAUGGACACUUCACUGGCAAUUCCUGUAUUAGCAGACCAUGCACUGGCAGAAUUAGUCUUUCAAAAUAAGGGUUUCAGUUCCAGAUGAUCACAGUACAGUAUGUGGCAUCAACUCAUUUAUAAAACAGUCCACAAUAGUAUCAUACGCCAUACAGUCUCUCAAAAUGACUUCCACAAAUUAAAUGUCCUGAUGGACCACAGAAGAUCCGAGAAAUCUGGCUAAUGUCCAGUAUACUUGCUGGAUUAAAAACCAUUGUUUUUAAUGCACAAACAUAGUCGUACUAACUUAAUCUGGGUUUCCUCACAUGGCUAGACCCUCUGAUGCUCAACUGCAAAAUACGGAUUAAAGCACAGAGGUGACAUGGAUGUAACCUUUGCUGUGUAAGAGAACACCCAAGGGAACAUGAGGCUGAAAAUAAAACAGCCAGUGGCGAGAAAGAGAAAAAAACAUAAUAGCAGAGCUAUAAUGGAGACCUGACCCCGCAGAACGUUUCAUGUCAGAGAGAGUGCAUAUGCAAGGCUCGGCGUUUUCGGUUUUUACCAACUUUCACUGAAAAAUACCCAGAUUUUUAAACUGAUUUUCACCCGGAUUUUAUGUUUCCAUGGAUCCAAAAGUUGUUCCUGUUCGUGUGAGGUUGUGUAACAGUGUCCUCUUGUGGCGAAAUUCGACAUGCUGGAUGACUUUGAAAAAUAAAAACUGAAAACGCCGAGCCUUGUGUAUAUGUGAUGUUGUGUGUGUAUGCAUGUGUAUCUGUACCGUGUGUAUAUGGUGAUAUGAAGUGAGCGGAAAAGAGGAAACAGCCUUUCAGUUGCUCCGUCUCGCGUGGGUUUCUUCCAGCAGUUCCUUUAUAUAUGGGGUAUAGCCGUCUGACUCAUUGUCAGCUUGCCGCAAUUUGAACCCCUGAGUGAGCAUUCAAAUUUUGCACAUAUUAGCGGAUGAGACCAUAAGCCCACUGUGAGUAAAGUGGUCUCACUGGGCUCAUGGGAGGUGGCGAAGAGACCUGCUGAAAUGGACUGAGCAGAAUGUAAAUGAGGUUUGGGCCCGUGGAGAUCAUUUAGAUCAUUAAAAGAUAUGCGCAGUCAUUGAACAAUUAGGUUACAUUACUUGCCAGUGAAGAGCAGCAGAAGAAAAGCACCUACACACUCAGUUCUGCUUGGCAUUGUCGUACCUGGCAUGGGCAUACACGCACACACAGACACACACAAACACACAUACUUGAUAUGACAGACAAUGUGUUUUGGAGUACCUUGCACUCAGUGACAGGUUUUUAACAGCGCAAGUUUGCAGGCAGGUGUGUGUGUGUGUGUGUGUGUGUGUGUGUUUCAGUGUGACUGCUGUCGUGUAAGUGUGUUUUCUCCCCCUUCCUUCACCUCACUCCUCAAAGGUAUAACUUGGGUAUUCUCAGGUGGGCAGCCUUUGAGGCUUCGGGGAUGCUUACUCUUUUUAAGGAUUGUGUAUCUUUUGUGGAGCCCCCCCCCCCACACACACACACACACACUCAAAAGUUCCCAAAAUGUCCCGACAUGGAGAGCAGCUGUGUUUUUGAAAAAAGGGCCUUCCGACAGCAACUGUGCUCUCUUACCCAUCAUGCUGGUGUUUGCCUCUGGCACUGUCUGGUCUAUUGCAUCCAGUGAUGAAGUGUGCGUAGACAGAAACACACACACACACACACACACACGUAUAUAUACUUACGGACACACAAGUUACAGAGGCGCAUGCACACGUGCUCCCGGACAGUUGCAUGCAACUAACAGGACCGUUAGCGUGUGACUGUACAGGUGUUCCCACGUUCUGUGAUGGUGUGGGUGUUUGUUUUGUGCUUUUCUGUAUUUUGCUGCAUUGUGUUGCUUAUUGGGCUUAGCUGUCUAAAUAGUGUGGUGGAGCUAUCAGUUAUUGGGGCCUAGCACACUGAUCUGUCUGUCCCCUGUAGCUAAACAUGGCUGUCUCUAGAUCAGGGCUGUGUGUGUGUGUGUGUGUGUGUGUGUGUGUGGUGGCUAAAGCAUUUUUACUUAUUUUUUGGUUUUAUUUUGGUUUGUGUGUAUAUAUAUAUAUAUAUA